AUGGAAGCCGCAACCCCAUCGGGACAAUCGUUCCCCAGACCAUCGCAACAACGCGUUGUGGCAGUAGAGUCCGCCGUGAUAUUUUUGUAUGUGGUCCAUCUUGCUUCCGCGACGCCCGCAGCUAAUCGUCUCUUAGUGUCUGGAAACCUCGUUCCUCUCACCAUCAUCAAGGGCGCAAGCCAUGAGUUCAUCCCAUUCCCUGCUGGGGAGAAUGCUACUGUCGCCGACUUUCACUCCAUCCGCACAAGCACAACCGACUCGCCAUCAUAUCUGACCUCUGGGUUCUACAAGAUCGAGAAGGGCAAGGCGUAUCCCCUGGACUAUACUUGCGAAGAGACCAAGUAUGUGAUCAGCGGACAGAUUGAUGUUCUGGACGAGGCCACUGGUGUGACGCAUCACCUGGUUCCUGGAGACUUUGCUUUCUUCUAUGUCGGAAGCAAGGUGCAAUUCUCAACAAAGUCAGCUGGCUUGGCUUUCUAUGCUGUGACAAGACCUGUCAAGGCUGCACACCCGAAUCUUGCUGGCAGAGAGGAGGAUGUCAAGUCAAAGUCGAAGCUGUAA